AUGGACUACGAAGCGCUGAAGGAUCAAUGGAGCGAUGUGGAAGACCGGGAUGGUAUCAGGCUCAGCUGGAAUACUUUCCCGAGCUCUCGUAUGGAAGCUUCUCGGCUAGUCGUUCCCAUUGCAGCCGUUUACACGCCUCUUAAGGAGAAGCCUGACUCCCCAUUGCUGCAAUAUGAGCCCGUUACCUGCAAGCAACCCUGCCGGGCCGUUCUCAACCCAUAUGCCACCGUCGACACCCGCGCUAAGAUCUGGAUCUGCCCUUUCUGUUUGAUGCGAAACCCCCUUCCGCCUCACUAUAAGGAUAUCACGGAGAACACAAUACCUCCUGAGCUCCACCCGCAGAGCACCACGAUCGAGUAUCAAUUGGCCCGCCCCGCCCCGGCACCCCCCAUCUUUGUCUAUGUUGUCGAUACCUGUCAGGAGGAGGACAGCCUGCAGGCGCUCAAAGACUCGCUUGUCAUGAGCUUGUCUCUGCUGCCGCCCAAUGCGCUGGUUGGUCUGAUUACCUUCGGCACUAUGACUCAAGUACACGAGCUCGGUUACCCCGAGUGCGCCAAGUCCUAUGUCUUCCGAGGUAACAAGGACUAUAACGCCAAGCAAGUGCAGGAGAUGCUGGGUCUUGCGUCCGGCAUACGCCCAGGCGUUCCCGCUCAGCAGCAGCCCCAGCGCCCUCCCCUCGGCCCCGCAGCUCGCUUCCUCCUUCCUGUCCAGCAGGCUGAGUUCCAGAUCACCAAUAUUCUCGAGCAAUUGCAACGUGACCCCUGGCCCGUGGCCAACGAUAAGCGCCCUCUGCGCUGCACCGGAGUUGCCUUGAGUGUCGCCGUCGGUCUGUUGGAGACCUCCUUCCAGAAUGCUGGUGGUCGUAUCAUGACCUUCAUUAGCGGUGCGCCGACUGAGGGACCUGGCCACGUCGUUUCCCCGGAGCUGAAGGAGCCGAUUCGUUCGCACCACGAUAUUGAUCGCGAUAAUAUCAAGUAUUACAAGAAAGCUGUGAAGUUCUAUGAUGCCCUCGCGAAGCGCGCUGCCAACAAUGGACACAUCGUCGAUAUUUUCGCCGGUUGUCUUGACCAGGUCGGUCUUCUGGAGAUGAAGAAUCUCUCCAACUAUACUGGAGGCCAUAUGCUCCUUACAGACAGCUUCACUUCAUCGCAAUUCAAGCAAUCUUUCGUCCGCGUAUUUGACAAGGAUGCUAAUGAUAAUCUUCUGAUGGGCUUCAACGCAUCUCUCGAAGUCCUAACAACCAAGGAGUUGAAGGUUACUGGUCUCAUUGGUCACGCAAUUUCCUUGAACAAGAAGUCGAGCUCAGUUGGUGAAACAGAAUGUGGCAUUGGCAACACUUGUGCAUGGAAGAUGUGCGGUAUCGACCCGUCCUCCAGCUAUGGUGUUUACUUCGAAAUUGCCAACCAAGGUGGCCCGGCCGCCGUGCAGCCUGGUCCUCAACGCGGUAUGAUGCAAUUCUUGACAUACUACCAACACUCCUCUGGGCAUUAUCACCUGCGAGUCACCACCACCGCUCGACCACUCAGCGGACCCGCAGGUGACCCCACGCUCGCCCAGUCAUUUGACCAAGAAGCUGCUGCUGUGCUCAUGGCCCGUAUUGCAGUCUUCAAGGCUGAAGUCGAUGAUGGGCCCGACGUCCUCCGCUGGGUGGAUCGCAUGUUGAUCAGACUCUGCUCACGGUUUGCCGACUACCGUAAGGAUGACCCAACAUCAUUCCGAUUGGAGAAGAACUUCACACUCUAUCCUCAGUUCAUGUUCCAUCUGCGACGAAGCCAGUUCUUGCAGGUCUUUAACAACUCACCCGAUGAGACUGCAUUCUACCGUCAUGUGCUAAAUCAUGAGGAUGCCGGUGAUUCGUUGGUCAUGAUUCAGCCCACCCUGGAUUCCUACUCAUUGGAAGUGGAGGGCGGCCAACCUGUAUUGCUGGACUCUGCUUCUAUCCAGCCCGCACAUAUUCUCCUUCUCGAUACCUUUUUCCAUAUCCUUAUUUUCCACGGUGAGACAAUUGCCGAAUGGCGAAAAGCUGGUUACCAGGAACAGGAGGGCUACGAGAACCUCAAGGCUUUGCUCGAGCAACCUAAAGAGGAUGCUAGGGAACUUAUUGCCGACCGUUUCCCCCUACCCCGUUUUAUUGUUUGUGAUGCCGGUGGCUCUCAAGCCCGUUUCCUUCUGUCCAAACUAAACCCAUCUACCACUCAUACUAGUGGCGGUUACGGUGGUGGUGUGUCGUCGCAGACCAUCUUCACUGAUGAUGUCUCCCUGCAAACCUUUAUGGAUCACCUGAUGAAGCUGGCGGUAUCCGGUACCAGCUAA